CAUUUUUGGAGCGUAUGCCCCAACUCCACCUUUGGCACAGGGUUUUGAAGGAUCUUAUCAACAAUCCCCUUAUAAUAUCCAAUAUCAUAAUGAAACGGUGUCAUCCUCCGACACAUAUAAAACUCAUGAAGAUGUAGAGCAUCAUGAAGUCCAACCUUUAGAGGAAGAAGCACCUAGACCGCCCCAGGGAAGGAGGAACCCAACUAGGAACAAAAGGCGACCCCGAU